CACUUGAAAGUUGGGGAAUGCCAGGUGGACCGGCACGAAGAAUUGUGGAAUUAGUAAAUAAAAUCAAGGGCGAGGACCAAGAGCGCGAGAAAAAAAGAAAGGCGGAGGAAGAACUUGUGAUUACAGCACCGAAGAAAAGAAAAUGGAUGGUAAAUAGUGCUAUUACGCGAGAAGAGCGUCCUAUCGUCUACUUUGUGGAUCCUACGGAACAGAAUGUCCCGCUUCUUGAAUUGAUACAUCGAGGUGAAUUUAUAGCGUUACAUGGGCCACGAGCCUCUGGCAAGUCUACUCGGGUGCUUCAACUUCAGGACCAGUUGAAUAAAAAAGGCUUUGUUUGCAUCUAUUUAUCUCUUGAGCAGGUUAACAUAGAUAGUGUAGGUGAAUUCUGGCAGACACUUGGUGUUCAUCUCUAUUGUGAAGCUCCCGAAUACGCAGGGCUCAAUAAUAUAAAUUCCGCUAGCGAUUUCGAUGUAAUGUUUCUGAAAAGCAAUUGGAAAAAUGAUGUUAUUCUCCUUAUCGACGAGUUUGACAAAUUAUAUGGAGCGAAUGAAGAUGUUAAAUCCUCGUGUCUGGAAACUCUUCGUGGCAUUAAGGCAACAAAGGGAAAUUAUGCUAUCCGGUCUGUUGUUGCCAUAGGACCCUUUAGCAUCCUGUAUCUAAAAUCGAAUAAUUUGACUACGUCACCAUUUAAUGUUAAUGAGUCGUUUCAGAACCCAAACUUUACUUUGGAACAAGUGCAGUUCCUAUACGAACAGUUUGCGGAAGAGUACAACCUAAUCAUUGACCAGGAGAUUGUCGAGGACAUAUAUAUACAAACAAACGGACAUGCUGGUCUUGUCUGCCUUUGCGGACGUGCGAUCUUUAGAAAAUUGUAUUCAAAACUAAAAAAAGUAAAUGGAAAAUUGCAUGUUAGCUUUGACAUAUGGCAACGCUUUAGCAUGAUGUCGUUGGGUGACGAGCUAAUAGAGCACCAAACAUUUAUAAGGAUGAAGGAUGCCCUUCUAGUAGAUGAUCUUGAUACUAAGCGUGCUGGAUUUGGCUCUGUUCCUUACAACCGAAGGAAUUCUAGUUCCUGGAACGUUCGAAAUUUCAUCGCCUUUGGUGCGCUGGCUGAUCCUUCAGCGAGUAAUUCCCCGCGUGUUUCCGAUUUCACCUCAAAUGGAAGUCCCCUACACAUUUGGAACCUUGCUGGCCAACCGCAGAAGGGCAUUCAAGUCGCACACAUUUGGCACGACCUCGACUUUACAAAAAUUAGGAUGAUUGCAUGUUGGUGGAAUAAUAAUACGAAGCAUGUUGCUGACGUUGAGGAAAUAAUGAAAUUAAGAACAAUAUCAGAAUGA